UACGCACAGCGAGGCUGUACGGGAACAUUUGUUUCUCGGUGCUGGCUGAGGGGGGGACCGAGAGAGAGACAGAGAGGGAGAGAGAGAGACAGAGAGUCGCUGCUCAGAGGCUGCCGCUCGCUGGAAGGAUGCAGACGCUGAAUGGAGAGAUUCCACUACAGUUAAUUAAGGAGCACUCGGCACGUGCCUGUAAACGCGAAGGGGCAAAUGAAUUCAGUGUCAGUGGGAGCAGCUCCUCAAGGGGAUGCAGUGAUAUUUCAAAGGUGGAAUUGAAAGAGCUGUGAAUCUAUUUCCUGACUCUGGCUUGACGGUCAUUUCUGAAUCACUGGACCGUUGCUAUCAAAGUGUGGAGCAGGGAGGGAGGGUGACUGGAGUUCCCUCCUCCAGCGAAAUUCUGAGUUAUUGGAUGGGAUCAACAUGAGCAGCGUAAUGGAUGGAUUUAUGUCAUUCUGUUAAGAUAUUUGUAUACUCUUUGUUCAGCAGAUGUGUCCUGUCAUGUCCUGGCUGCUGUGCCUGUGCCUCUGGGUCAGUGUGACGGCCAUUCAGCUGUGUCAGGCCACUUUCUACGACACCAUCCAGCAGCACCACGGGACGAGGCCCGGACGAACCAGCAUCCACAUGAUCGAGGGGGGCACGUGUGAAGUAAUCGCAGCUCACCGAUGCUGUAAUAAGAACCGCAUCGAGGAGCGCUCUCAGACGGUCAAGUGUUCUUGUCUGCCGGGGAAGGUCGCCGGAACCACCAGGAACAGACCUUCAUGCGUGGACGCGUCCAUAGUAAUUGGGAAGUGGUGGUGUGAGAUGGAGCCUUGCCUGGAGGGGGAAGAAUGCAAGACGCUCCCCGACAACUCGGGCUGGAUGUGUUACGCCGGCAACAAGAUCAAAACCACAAGGAACACUCAGCCAUACACAACGUCAACAUAUUAACACUUUGAGGAAAGGACGCAAGGGAACGCCUCUGGUUGGAAGGUUAAUCUGCAGCACUGUCACAGGACCGAUUAUCCCGAAGACAAAGAACCUUUUGUUGCUUUGAGAACACUCUUCAGAUUAAAGUGUACAAAGAUGUAGAAUACAUAAAGCACAUCCUGCACAAGGCCACUAAAAGUACUGAUGCUCCAAGAUGCCUGCGGGGGGAACUUCAUCAUAACCUUGUAAUGAAUAUAUUUUCAUCAUUUCUUUCCAACUUUGAGAUGGAAUGUGAAUGUCUGUGCAUUUGAAUUAGCAUCUGGGGAGCUUUAGCGUCCCUCCUCAGACAUCAGUGGGACAGAUGUUCACUACGAAGGAGACAAGAAUACAUCGAAAGGACACGAGAACAGUACAGUAGUUGACAGCCCUCAGGUUUUUCUUUUUUCUACAUAUAAAUAUUGUAGGAGGAAAAAUAAUGUACAGAAGUGUUAGUGUCAUUUUCUUGUGUACAUUAACUUCAUUCAUGGUGGUGUGGAGAAGCAAUCAUUGCAGUCCCUGAAUGCAGUCUUGACCGUCCCUCUUGUUACCCACAAAACCCAACGCGGCCAAAUUCUUUCUGAGUUCCAUGAUGUGAAGAUAAAACAGAUCAAUUGUGAGGAAGAAGUUUUUUUGCAAAUACAGCUUGUGUGUCGUGAUAUUUUGCAUUUUACCUUUUGAUCACCUCUUAAAUUGCUUUACCAGUCAAACCUGGUAUUGUGUCAGCUACCCUGAAACGGAUUGAUUCACCAAAAGCGUGAUCCCAGUAGGUUGUUUUCGAUACUUGAAAUGCCUUAUUUGUGUUAAAUCAUUCGAUGAUGAUAUUGUAAAUAUGAUCGAUAUGUGCUGAAAUUUCAUUAAAGUCACUGUUCCUGUAA